AUGAGUUUCCUCAGUUCCAUGCAACAAUAUGUAACAAGUGGCAUAUCCAGUCUGGGUCUGGGAAAUCGACGGUUCUCGCUAUCGCGCCAGGAAUCGGCAGAGCAGCAACAGCAGCAACAACAACAGCAGCAACUUGGCGCUGCCGCAGCUGCAGGUACCAUAUCCGUUGGCUUGCAACAGCAGCAGCUGACACCACAGCAGCAGCAACAACAGCAACAGCUCCUGCAGCAACAACAACAUGGACACGCACCACUACAACAACAGGCGAGCAUAGGCAGCGGAAUUGGCGGUGGCAGUGGUGCUGGCAUUUAUGGCGCCCCCGCCGCCCCCACUGCCACUUCCGGUGCGGGAGCUGGCGGUGGCAAUUACCCCGCUGGCGGUGUGGUUAUCGGCAAUCCGAACGCCACAAAUCCAUUACUGGGUUAUCCAAAAGUGGUGCCGCCGCCGGGCACUACAAAUUCGGCAGGCGGCACACCCAUAGGCUCACGGCGACAAUCACGGGCCUUGGAGUGUUUGGCACCUCCUCGUACCGGUUCGUUUCGACAGCGCAACUCGCCAUUGCAUCAGCCCGAUCCGCCGCCACGACCACCAUUGGCAUUUUGCAAGCGACGCUUAAGCUGGCCGGAGGUGGAUCCGCGCUCCAACUCGGGCGUUCAGGAAACGGAUGGCUCGUAUUUUGAGAGUUUCACAUCCUUGGGCUGGAAACGUGAAAAUCGUCGCAUGUCAGCGACGCGUGCUGCCGAAGCACGUGCCGAGGCUAAUCCGGAAAACGAACGUGAUCCGCCAGCUCCCGAGGAGACCAUCGACCGACAGGACGAAAAGGAGAAGCUGUACGUUGAGGUUUUGCAUACAAUCGCCAAUACUGUGGGCGCACCGGCGCCUGGUGGACAGUUCACACACUACAAGGACGAAAUGUAUUUGCAUGCACAGCGCGCCUUUGGCGUCAAUCCGGAUCGUCAUUAUCGCCUGUUGCAUGCCUCGGCGGAGGAUAAACCGAAAAUAAUCGUGCUCUCAGCGGUCGUCAUCGAGGCAGAUGGUUUGGAAGCUAAGGAUGCGAAUGGAUUUUCGGAUCCCUACUGCAUGCUGGGCAUACAGCCGGAUGGUGGGCCACCAGUAUCGCCAUUGCCGCUGCCCCCGACGCCUCGGGCGCUUUCCGCAGAUAUGAGCGGCUUCGACAACAGUGUGACCGACUCGCCGCCGCAUCGUAAGCACAGCUUUCGCUUGAGCUUCAAAAGACGUGAGGCGGGACGUCGUGAGCAACGUGACUCGUUGGGUGGUCCUGUGCCCGCCAAGCUGAUCAAAGCAACGACCAUUAAGCCGCACACACUGAGUCCAAAGUGGAACGAGAAAUUCAAAUUUGACAUCGAUGACAUCAACACGGACACCUUUCACCUGGACAUUUGGGACCACGAUGACGAAAGCUGUGUGAUGGACGCCGUCUCGCGUCUGAACGAGGUGCGCGGCGUGCGUGGAUUGGGUCGUUUCUUUAAGCAGGUCUGUCAGUCUGCCCGACAGGGCUCCCAGGAUGAUUUUCUCGGUUCGGUGAACAUUCCCCUCUCCGACAUACCGUCAACGGGUCUCGAUGCCUGGUUCAAGUUGGAGGCGCGCAGUCAACGCAGCACCGUACAGGGCCGCAUUCGUCUCAAAAUGUGGCUAUCGACGCGUGAGGAUCGCGGUGCCGCUGAAGAGAACACCGAGCAGCAGGUGCGAAAAAUCGAGCAGCUGCAAAUGGUGUUCAUGCAGCACGAGGUGACCACCCAUGAGCCCUCAUGGACGUGGUGUGGCGAUUUGCCAGGUCCGGCGCUAACAAUUCUACAUCAGUUGGCCGUGCAGGCGGAUCUCUCGGACCUCCAUUGUGCCAUGGCCAGGUAUGUGGCGGCAGCCAAGCUAAAUCGCAGCACUCCACUGGAUCCAAAGUUUCUGCAUCGUCUGCUCAGCGAUGUGGAAAAACAAUGGAAUCAACCAAAUCAGGAGGCUCUCACCCGCGACUUGGAGCAAUGGCUGGCCGAGGCCAUGAAUGGUUUUGUGGAACGUUCGCUCAAUCAAAUACGUCGCCAUCGCGACAUUUUUCCCGCCCUAAAUCCGCCCUCCCUCAUACGACUGGAGUUCCUGCUGCGCUGUCUGGGUCUGUUGGGCUCCAUGCGAGCCUUUCGUGCUGUCUGCCCCUUCAACAAGGGCGUGCGCGGCGAGGUGGUGAAUGCACUUCGCAAAGGAUCGGUGAUGUGGGGCCAGAAUGUGUUGCGCGAAUCGCAGUGUUUGCCGAAUCCAUUGUCGAAUUUCGUAACAACAUUAACGGCUGACAUUCAACUGGGUCAGACCUACUAUCAUUCGCUAUUCGACAACACGAAUGGCAUACAGUAUUUCAGCAUCAUCUACAAACAGUACGAUGCAAUGGUCGGUGACGAGGUCUACACACGCAUGGCCGCCGGGCAGGUGCCGGGUGUACGGAUGAGCUUGGCUCAGUAUGCCGUACUCGAGGGUGAGGCCGAGCCGAUUGAUACGAAGCCGUUCGAAUUGUUUUUGGCGCUGCAGGAGUUUUGCCAACUGAAACGUCAUCUAUCCGCACAGCCACAGCCGCCGGAGAAGCCGCUGGCACUUUCGAACAGCCACGAAUGGUUUAUACCCACCUUCGAGCGAUGGAUGAUGAUGAGCAAAGCGAAGGCAUUGCAGCGUAUACGCGCCGCCAUACGCAUGGACGCGAUUUGCGAGGGUGAGCGCAUUGUGCGCUACAGUAGUUCCUCCGUAGACACGGCCUCGACGCUGCUCAAUAUCAAGGAGUUCUGGAAGGUCAUCAAUUGGCCGGAUGAGGAUACGGCCAUCAUGCUGGAGUCACAGCUAAUCGAUGUCGUCUGCUCGGCAGCCAUGCAUUAUUGCGAUCUCAUACACACAGCAUUGGCGGACAGCGGCUAUUAUGAACAGCAGGGUCCUUUUCGAUGCUCCGACGACAUGUGUGUGACCGUAAACAAUGUGGAGUAUGUGCGUCGCACUCUAGCCGAGUUUCGCUCGGACGAACAGCCGCUCGAGGAGUCAGCAGACAAUUUACUGGAGUCCAGUUUGACGCACAUGGAGAAUCGCUGUGAGCGCAUCCUGUCCAAGCUGGCACCACUCAUGCAAAUGUCGCUGCAGAAGGCAGUGUUCCAUUUGGCCUGGUCCCCAGACUCACUUCCCGCAAAUCAGGCCAUUGUGCCACUCCUCGAGUACUUGGAUUGCCAUCUGGCCGCGUUAAAUAGCGCUCUGCUCACCAAAAACUUCAAUCGCUCGCUGCGCUUCAUCUGGAAAACGGUGCUGGGCGAGAUGUCGCGCCAAAUGGAAACUGGCGAUGAAACGGACAAGCCCACCCAUUUCCAUAAACGGCUAUACGAAGCGCUUCAGCUACUCGUCGACUUCUUCCAUGCCGAGGGUCAGGGUCUGCUUCUGGAAUGCCUCCACACUGAGGACUUUUGGCGCAUCGAGCAACGUCUGCAAUUCCACAAAACGGAAACGGAUCGACUCAUCGAUAUGUUCUAUAUGAAUCGGUUGCGUGAACAACUGGUGGCUGUUAGUCCCGGACCAUACGGUUCUCUGGCCGUACGCGCUUACUUCAAUCAUGAUUCGCUGUGCGUCGAGGUUCUGCAUGCGCGUGAUGUCGUACCGCUCGACCCGAAUGGGUUCAGUGAUCCAUUUGUGGUCAUUGAGUUGCUGCCGCGACGCAUCUUCAUGCACUGCAUGGAACAGCAGACGAAUGUGCACAAGCGCACCUUAAAUCCCAUAUUUGACGAAUGUUUUGAGUUCUCGGUCACUUUGGAGCAAUGUCUGACUGAGGGCGCCAUGAUUUGUUUUACGGUCAUGGAUCACGAUGUGUUGACGGCCAACGAUUUUGGGGGCGAAGCCUACUUGGCUCUAGGCAAUAUACCAGGGGUGGCCGACUACAGCACCAGUGUGGACAACUUUCAUGGUCUGAAGCAAAUCGAAUUGCCGCUUAUGCAGCAAAAGGAUAAAUGCAAUCCCAUAUUGCAGAUACUUGAGCUGCGCAUCAAUGACAAACAGGCGCAGGACUUUGUACGCAAACAGAAGGCGCGAUUCAUCAACUGAUUCUAAGUGCCCGAUGGGAACGUAAGUUUUGAGGAGAGCUAUGUAUUAGAAAUGUUUGUAAAACGAAUUUCAGCAUGCAAUGAAAUUGCAAAUUAAAAGAAGAGAUGAUCGCUGCUUAACAACAAUUUUGUUUUCCACUUAAAGCUACGU